CUGAACUUUGCAAGGCGCUUCUCUCAUCAUUUGACUACCUACUUUCCUCGACUCACUUUUGCUUGUGCGUCGGAAGCUUCUUAACAUGGCCCGCCUGUGGCCUCGCAUCUUCGAAGAUGUAUCUUUCUCGCGCUACCUCUGGAUAUUUCCCCUGGCGGCGGGAGUUUCUUGGAUAACGACCCUGUCAACCCUGCUGAUCCGGUGGUUGUCGCUCGGUCUGCCUCGCUAUCCUGGCCAAGUCAACCCAGAUGUACCCUUUAUCAGCGACAUUGCCGCAUUCACCUUUAAGCCCGUGUUCAUCGUGGGAUGUACAAUUACCGGUAUCUCGUUUGCGGGCACGGUGUUUGCCGUGCACCACGUGCGGUACUCGCCAAAGUUCUACCGACUUACGAAUGACGCGGCAUGGAGGCAGUCAGUCAGUUUCAUUGCCCUCGGUUGUGGGCUAGUUGCCGCCGUUAGCUUGUUCUUUCUGAGCGUGUUCGAUACGGUGGACGCACAUGUGCGUCACCGCUAUCUGCUGAUGAGCACUUUUAGUGGUUUGGGGUUGAGUGCAAUUUUGACGACAUUGGUUUGGUGGGAUCAGACUGUGGGACCGGCCAGAUUCGGUGGGUUGAGGCGCUGGUGUCUCCUGAACACUGGCUUGAUGAUCUGCCAAACUGGGGUUAGCAUCGCUUUCGUUGCCCUCAUUUACUCGGGCCAUUACAAGUCUGCUGGGUUUGUUGAGUGGAGCUUGACUUAUUUGGGGGCUUUCUGGCUGUUAUCAUUCGUUGGAUACACGAGAUUCAGGGAAGGCUUGGACCCAGUACCACCAAGUGAGGAUGAGCAACGACCGUUGCUUGCUCCAUGAAAAUGUUGAGUCAGAUCGUACCUGCCAUGAUUGGUUACGCACAUGCCUAGUCGAAGUACAAGCAGGUUCUAAUACCCUAACUAUUGAAACAGGGUCAGGCGGUCAGUAGGAUAUACCUACCACCUAACACACUGAACAGAUGGCUCCAGUACCAACAGAUCCCAUCUGUUGGUCUUAUCAGACGAA